AUGGCUAACAGUUUAUGGUAUGCAUUGCAAAAAAAGUUCGGAAAACCACCACCACGUGCGUAUUCAGUAACAAGUUGGCCUGUUGAAGGAGGAGAAGCCGAUCACCCUUCGUUCGAUCAAUUUAUGCCCCUAGUCGAUGCUAUAAAACAAGGUGACUUGCGCCAUGUGGGUUUUUUUCUCCUCGGUGUUUCCCAAGACGCGAGAAACGCAGAACUUUCGUAUUCUGGCAUGACUGCUAUUCAUCUUGCAACUUUUGCUGGACAAGGGGAGAUUGUUGAGAAGUUGAUUAAAAGAAAGACGAAAGAAGAGUUGGUAGAAAAGACCAGAGCUGGUGACACUGUCCUGUGUCUUGCUGCUCUGAAUGGGAUGACCGAGAUUGCAAAAAUAUUGAUAGCAAAGAAUCCGGACUUGAUAAGCAUUCGAGGAUGUGGCCAAUUUCUUCCAGUUUCAAUUGCAUGUAAUAGAGGUCAUAAAGAAACAACUCGUUUCCUUUACUCUGAAACUGCGAAACACUCGAAAGAUUUGGGAGAAGAUUUUGGAGGAGAUAAUAUUAUUCUCUUCAAUGAAGCUAUUGCCAACAACAUGUUUGAUAUCGCGUUGGAUCUACUGGAGAAGAAUGGAGCUGGUUUGGGUACUGAAAGAUAUGAAGGGAGUGGGCAAAGUGCUUUGCUCACUUUGUCUGAUAUGCCUGCUGCAUUCUUGAGUGGCACACGGCUUUCAUUUUGGCAAAGACUGAUUUAUACAUGUCAGUAUCGCUAG